AUGACAAAAUUAGGCGUUACGCCAGGUGUUCAUGGCGACGGCAACGACGAGAAGGGCGGUGACGCUGUCGGAGAUGCGGUGAAAGUGGAUCCAAAAGUGUUCACCGUACUGCAGCCAACGGUGAUUCCCAUUCAGAGUCCACCGGCGGCAAAGUCCCGCCGCACUAUCGGCGGUGCCAUACUACGUGGCAUUCUGCUGUUCCUUCUGUUCAUCUCAUGUUUCACCGCCGGCAUGGUGCUCAUCUAUGGAGCUGACACAAUCUUCAAUGGAAUUUAUGGGGCUAUUAAGGAUGAUCAAAGCUCCGCUGCUACUACCGUAGCACCGGCAGAACAACUCGGCAUGAUAAAUCCAAUGGGUAAUGACCAAAAGGACGAGAAGCCAGCUGCAGAUGAUGAGAUGAAAGUCUUUUUCAACACAAUCCCUCUGGCUAAAGUGAUGGUGAUCGAAGGUGGAAAUGCCCCGAACGCAAACUUUCAGCGAAGGGAGAUGAUCGAGAGACCCAUGCAUCCAUACGAGCAACAGGAGGCUCCUUUUAAUGCUUACAAUAAUCGGCAGAUGGUCGCUCAACCAGUAUGGGUUCUACAAGCCAGACAAAUGGAGCAAGCUCAGGCUAUGCGUCAGAUGAGAUGGCGUCGUCUACAACAAGCUAUCUAUGAACAACAAAUGAUGAGGGAGGCAAUGGCGAGGGCGGAAUGGGCACAGGCAGAGCAAGCACAGCAGCAAGCAGCACAACAACAAGCAGCCAUGGAAGAGCAGAUGGCACGUGCUGUUGCUCAGGCUCGUUGGGAACAGAUGCAACGAGCUCGUGCCAUGGAGGAAUACCAAGCCGAAGUGCAACGAGCUCGUGCCAUGGAGGAAUACCAGGCUGAAGUGCAACGAGCCCAAUGGGCUCAAGCGCAACGAGCUAACUGGGAACGCAUUCAGAUGCUGCAACUGCAGCAACAGCAACAACAACAACAGCGGCAGCAACAACAACAGCAACAACAACAACAACAGUGGUGGGCACGUCAUCAACAGCAACAACAACAACAGCAAAACUUCCAGCGUCCUCACUACACUGAACAGUUCUUCUACUAUCCAUUCCAACUGCCUCAGCAACACCAGCAACAGUUCUUCCAGCAGCAACAACAACAGCAACAACAACAACAACAACAACAACAACAACAGCAACCACAGCAACAGCAACAGUUCUUCCAAAACCAGGUACUAUUCACCUUGGAAAACGCUUUGAAAACUGAUUGUAAUGGAAAAAUAUUUGAGCGCAACUCAAAGAUAGUCUUCGCAUGCGAUUGCGAUUCGAAUUAUUUUGAUUAUCUGACUUUCUGGGAAGUUUCUAGCUCCAGACAUUUAUCGGCAAAUCUCCGAUCUUUUGUUUCCCCAAUGUUUCAUUCUUGCACUGGGAGCUUUGGAAGGUAG